GGACAGGGAGGGUGUGCGGUAAUGGUGUUAGUGCGCCUGCGCGGCUCCACUUCGUCAGUCACUCUCACUCACACGCCGAAUGUGUAAACAAGAUCCUGUGUCUACAAUUUUUCGAGCAAGGAGGAGCAACCCACUGUGAUAAAGCGAACAUGCAUGCCAUUGAAGGCUCGUCCAAUGUACCUGCGUUCCUCACCAAGCUGUGGCGCCUGGUGGAUGACGCAAAGACCAAUGAUCUGAUCAGCUGGACCCAGAAUGGCAGGAGUUUCAUUAUACAGAACCAAGCCAAAUUUUCACGUGAAUUGCUGCCACAGUACUACAAACACAACAAUAUGGCCAGUUUUGUGCGGCAACUCAACAUGUAUGGCUUUCACAAGGUAGUGUCUGCUGACUCGGGAGGGCUGAGGGUGGAGAGAGAUGAGAUGGAAUUUGCUCAUCCACACUUUCUGCGAGGACAAGAAAACCUUUUAGAAAACAUCAAAAGAAAGCAACAACGUAGACUUGCAAGCGAUGGCGUCGUUUUUACCCAGAUUCCAACCAGUCGUUCUGUGAUCGUAGAGGAUAACAAGAACAUGAACAAGCUGUUGAGUGACGUGAAGGACAUGAAGCGUGACCAAGACUCCAUGAACUCCAAACUACAUAAUCUGAAACGAGAGAAUGAAGCUUUGUGGCGGGAAUAUGCUAACAUGAGACAGAAAUUCACCAAGCAGCAGCAGAUCAUAGAGAAGCUUAUCCACUUCCUCAUAGCAAUGGUGAAGAGCCCAUCAAAGGGUCUGGUGCCCAAGAGAAAAUUCAGCCACCUGGCCUUGGAGGCAAGUGAUGACAGUUCUUCUCUCUCCAAGAUUAACACAAUGCAUCAGUUCUUACAAGGAAACCCUAUAGAUGUUCUUGGGCAGAGUGAGACGAACAGUGGUGGUGCUCAAAUUCAGGAAGUAACUGAGGACUCUGAUUCAAACCACAACAGUGCCGUGAACUCAUCACCCAAUGCAGGGAGUGGCAAGGUAAGCAAUUCUGAGGAGCAUGUCAUCACCACUGAAGAUGGGGCUGAAUCAAUUUUGGGCAUUAGUGGGGAACCUCUGGAGUUUGAUAUGACCUCAGAUCCUAUCAGUGCCACCAAUGUUGUAAGUCCUGAGGGCACAUUAAUUAUGGGCAGCAUGAACAACCCCCUGCUGGAUGAGGAUCCACUCAGCCCUGAACUCUUAAAUGUUGUUGACCCAAGUGCUGUAACUCAGUCUUUCAAGUACCCAGCUAGCUGUACAGAUACUGUCACUACCAGUGUGGUGUGCUCCACCGGUGACACGACUGGAACAGCUAGUGACAACAGUGUUCAACUUCCUACAUCAGCGAUCAACACUCAAGUCCAUACUUUAACACAUAAAGGAAAGAAAAAACCUGUAUCACAGAAGAACCCUACUGAAGAUUCCUCCAUGAGAAUUGCAGUUCCAGAUAAAAGCAAGAAUAACCGACAUGAACUUCAGAGCCAUGUGGAUGAAAUGCAGACCACUAUUGACAACUUGCAGGAUUUUCUUACUAAUGCUAACCUCAAUGUUGAUCCCUCAAUGCUUCAUUCGAUAUCGGGGAGUUUAGAAGAAGUUGUGCCUCUGUUCUGGUGCUCAAAAGGAAACACUUCUGGAGACUUACCUAGUAAUGAGUUGUCCAUCUACAACCCAAAUCUUUUGGACCUGGCUAACAGCAUGGAGGAGGAAAAUGAGGAGGAUCCCUUUUCUUUUCUCAAUGACAGUUUUGCUUCAACCUCCAAAACCCCACAAACAUCAACAUCAUCAUCAUCAUCAUCAUCAUCAUCAUCAUCAUCAUCAUCAUCAUCAUCAUCAUCAUCAUCAUCAUCAGCAUCAUCAUCAGCAUCAUUCACCACCCCUGCCUCUUCUUCCACCUCUGUUAGCAACACCUCUGUGCCCUCAAACAAGUCCACUCGGCCUCCACCACCAAAGCAUCUGAAAGUAUUGAUCAAGGAAGAGCCAGGAGUAGACAGCUCUCUUGAGACUCCUGUUGUAUCACCUGUUAACUCCACUUCCUUGUUUAGAGGAAAAAGACAAGCUAAUUAAGCUCCCAUCAUUCAUAACUGGAGGAAUGAAAUUAUUGUAGCCACACAUACUCUAGGCAACCUGGGACAUUUGAGAAAAGAGUGUCAACCAUUCUCUUUCACUAGUUAUAUACAGUAAUAUAGCAAUAGCUACAUUAUAUUCCACUCACAGUACCUAAGAUGACUGUGUACAGUACUGCAACUUUCGUGAAUAUUCAAUCACAUGUAUUGUAUUAAAAAAAUGGUGAUAAUAGUCGUAUGUACCUGGCAUAUAAAGGAAUGUGAAGUACUAGUUCAGUAUACAGCACCCUGCAUACAGCAUGGUAAUAUUAAAUAUUAUUAGAGGAACAGUUCAUAUUUUAUAAAGAAAUGCUAUACAAACAACAUACGGGAAAAAAUUGUUAGAUAGACCUAUGGAAAAGUUUCUUCAAAAUUUCAUGUUAAGUUAUAGCACAGCACCACUCCCGCCCACUGUCACCCUGUCAUGACCCCAAGCACUUGCAGAGAACCUUGACACCAUAUCACACUCAGUAGAAUCAGUUAGACCUUUAUCAGAUAAUUAAACAUUUCAAACAGUCUUGAUAAACCUCAAAAUGGGAGAAGAAGGAGGCAAAUAAGAAGCAGAUGGGAUAGUGGCAGGUGGAGUCAGUGUUAUACAAUAACCACUCGUAGCUUUGCAUCAGCUCUCUACACACUCACAGGCUGGCAUUAUGUAACCUAUCUCCUGUGUCUAAUAAUGACAAUGAAGCAUUGAAAGAUGCUGAUGAUGUGGCCAGCAGAACUGAUGAAUUUAUAUGAAGAGUGAGGUGGGAGGGAGCAUGAGUUGCUGCACAGCAGGAUGAUAGUAUCAUUGCUUAGUGGAAGCUGUGCUUGGAUUUGGAUGUUAACAUGUUUCAUUCAUUACAUCCCAAGAAAUAAAGGGUGAAGACUAAAGGAAAUCCAUUAACUCAUUCUUAUUUCCUGAUACCUGAUAGUCAAUGCACAGUGCCAUCAAUGUAGCAGCUGUGUACUUGAAAACAGUGGGUAAAAUUGGUGAACUUUUGGUAUGAAAAUGCAUAAAAAAACAUAAAGCAUUAGCCAGGGAAAGCAGUUGUCAAAUCUGCUGGACAUGUGCUUUUACCAAGCAAUUCCAUGCAGGUGUACCCCUGGAUUUGAGGAAAUUACAGAGUUGCUACCAUGCAGUGGCUUGCAUAUCUACAUACAUAUAAAAAAAUAGGUGGAACCAUCCAUGCCAUACACUGUUCCAGAGCAUGUUGUGUGUGAGGGUACUGUAUUAUGAAUAUAUAAUUUUCUUAAAAGAAUAAAUGCUAAUAACUCCAUACUUUGCUGCCUGUAUGUAUAUAUGUAACAAUACAGAACAAAUAUACAUUUAUCUUUUUUUUUUAUUUGAUGUUAUAAGGGUUCUGUCCUGAUGAUAUAAUAGAUAUUUAUAGUGUCUGAAGUAUAUUUCAGCACUCAAAAUUUCAGGGUGUUGUCUUCUGUCUGAUUGUAACUUUUAUUAAAAUAGAAAGAAAAAAUAGCAUAUCCAUUGAAAAAUUAGGUGGGUGGCUAAUGGCUGGUAGAAUUCUUCAAACAGCAAUUCUUUGAAGACUUAAGAUUAAAGAGUCACAACAUCUGAACUUGAUUAGAUGCAAAGUGUUAUGUAUUUUUUUCUUUCAAAAUUUAUACAUAUACACAUAUUUUUAUAUGCAUAUAUAGAAAUAUAUAAUUCAAAAUAUUAAAAGAUAGCUUGCAUAAUAUGGUUAUACAUUAAAUAACUCCUACAUGCACUUCAUUCAGUAGCAUUGCGAAUUUACAAAUAAAAAGGAAAUUACAAGUGAAGAUUCAUACUGUGGUGAAUGGAGAGGUAGUGCCUGAAUUGCUCCCUUGACCAAGCUAUCAGUAGACUAUUGGAUCCAGUAAUAUUCAUUCCUCAUACGUAAAAUAAUACUUUUCUCAUCAUAACUUUGAUUGCAUGCAUACAAGAUUUACUAUACUGAUAUGUAUGCAAGACGAGUAUGCUUUAUACAAUAUAGCUGAUGGUAUAUAUAUAACAUAAUUUGAUUUAAGUGAUACAGUGUAAUAAUGUCAAUUAAAAUUUACUAAUAUGGUAAAAUGAUGGAUUUGCAUCUGCUUUGCAAUAUCAGAUUUUUUAGGCAAAGACUUUCAAUUGUGAAAGAAGUAGACAGAUACACACCUCUAAUAUAUAGUGAGAUGCACUGUCUAUUUUUCUCUUUUUUUUUUACACUGAAACAAAAUUAUAUCAACAGCUACACCAGGGAAACAGUAAAAGAUGAUUGUAACAUUUAUUUAUUUAUUUUCCUUUUUAGAAAAUAAAUAUAUAUUCAUAC